AUACAUUCGGAGGCUACUGCAAUAAUCAUGGGUCGAAUUGUAUCGCGUGUACAAUCGUCGAAUGAAUUAUCAGGAAUGAAUAGAGUAGAUGGACAUAGAAGAGAGAUAAAAAUCAGAGCAGCCAGGGUAACGUUUUUUAUGAUCACCAUUUGUGUCCAUCCAACCGUGACAUUUAUAAAAUUGGGUAAAGGUGAGUAAUCAAUUAUUACUGUCCACCAACAACUUAUAGGGAGGUCUGCUAUUUUCUUUCCUAUGUAAUAUGUAUGUAUAGUCGAACACAUUUACGGUAGAGUCCAAGAGUAAAUGCUGAAUGCGUAUCGUUUGUCAGAGAUAGAACGAGCAAAGUCUGUGUUGGGAAACCGAAGAGAAACAGAAACAGAAACAGUGGAGGAAAGUGGUGCGAAGAACGAUAUUCAUUUAUGAAAAGUCUACAAUAUACUAUUGCAGAACUCCCGAAAAAGGCCAAGGAAUACCUGAAGUCAUUGGCGUAAUAAAGCUAGAAGACCUCUUCUCCUACUUCAGGGCAACGAUUCUUAUAAUGCCUGAAAGCAAAUGUACAUCCUCCGUCAACAUCGUACGGCCCUGAAGUCGCACUUGGAGAUAGGAAAUGAGAAGGCAAGAGUAGGGAGACGGCGAUUACGUGUACCUCGCGUGGAGAUCAGCAUCUCGCAGAGUUUUAGCUCUUCUUGAGGGAGCUCAGUAUGAAUCGGGACAGCUAAGCGUCCACCAUGAUCAGAUUCGUCAUACUCUUGUUUCUUUGUGGCGUGAUCACCUGCAACAACGACACUCUCAGCGCUGUAAUCUCAGGCGACGAGCAGGUGGAGGGUUUAGAGAAGGAGGAAAAGAAUUGGUCCGCGAAGAAUAAGACCCUGAACGAGCUGUUCAAGGAUGCUGUUCAAGCUUAUCUCGAAGAAGACUGGAUCCGCUGCAUCGAUGACUUCAACGCGGUCGUGCAAGGGUACAAGGUUUACAGGCGUAUGAUAGUGAAUUGUAGAGAGAAAUGUAGAGCUAAGGCUGCUGGGACGGCUCCUAUUUUCCCAGAAAAUAUCGACGAUCUCCACUUUUAUGAGAAAAAGGUGAGGGAAACGUUGUGUCUUCUAACGUGUAAUCAAGAGUACCGGGAGAUCGCCGGCUCGAAGGCGCUGAAGAUGUUACCCCGUGACACGGAACAAAAAUUAAUUGAUCAUCACGUAUACGAGUACCUGCACAUUUGUUAUUAUCAGAAAAAUCGUUAUCAAGAUGCAGCCAACGCGCUCUUCACGUUCCUGGUAAGGCAUCCAGAACACGAAGCGAGCAUUGAGACGUUGAAGCGGUAUUUGACACUGCCAGGGGUACAGUCGGAAAACGUGGUAAACCUAGAAUCAUCACCUUAUGUCAGCAUCUAUUUCAAAGGAGUUUCAGCUUACGAAAACGAAUACUACGCAGAAGCGGUGGGUCUUUUUGAGACGUCGUUGAAAUCGUAUAUAGAAUCCGAGGAGGAAUGUAGAUUUUAUUGCGAGGGUUCGUUUGACCAAGGCUGGCAUCCAGAGUUUACUUCCUCUAUCGCUAAUCAUUUCGCCUACUGCUUGAAAUGCAAACGUGUUUGUUCCCAAGUAUUAAAUAGCAUCAAUGGCAAUUACCACAGGGACAUGCUGAAGAGUCACUACAACUAUUUACAGUUCUCGUAUUACAAACUGGGAAACUUGAAGGCAGCGUGCACCGCGGUUGAAAGUUACUUGCUGUUCGACCCAGCCGACGAAACGAUGCUGCAAAAUAAAGAAUAUUAUAAGGCUCAGCCAAAAGUGAAGGAUGAAUAUUUUACUUCUAGACAGGAAGCUGUAGUCUACUUGAAGAGACAAGAAUACGAAUUGAGCCUCCUGCGUUACAUAUCCGAUGAAUUUUCAGCUAUCGACGCGAAAUUCUCCAAGAUGAAGAAGAAGAAACAGCAGAAGAAAGAAAAGAACGUAAAUAAAGAGAAGGCAUUGGGAAAGAAAUUGAUCUCUGAAGCGUCGUUACAUCCACCUCCGGGUCAUUCGUCGCUUACCCAGGCGAAAUUAUCGGGCAAUCUUCCCAAGAUACAAGAGGAAAGGCACGAGAUAAACGAUACAAAGGAACUUAGGGUGAAGAACGUUGCAUAUAUAAUAGCAAAGGAGGAAGAACUUGGUGGAAAAAAUCGUUAUGUUGCCGAUGGUUUUCUUAACUCCACCGAGUGUAAAUCUCUAAUAAAAUUUGCUUCGAUGACUGCUGUAGAAGGAGACGGAUACAGUGAGAACAAGAGUCCACAUUCAAAAUAUGAGCGGUUCGAGGGUAUAACUAUUGGAAGAACUGCCUUGAUGGUAUACUUUGGACAAAUUGAACCAGAAUGGUUGGAAAUAUUUCUCGAGACAAGCGAACAAGCACGUGACCAUGUGGAAAGGUAUUUUGGACUAGAUCGACAACUGUAUUUCACCUACACCCAUUUGGUCUGCCGUACGGCUCUACCUGAUUCGCCAAUGGAUAGAGACGACUUGAGUCACAAAGUUCAUGGGGAUAACUGUCUUCUGAUAGAGAAAAAUACUUGUGUCCAGGAGAGCCCAGCCUAUGUCUGGAGAGAUCACUCUGCGAUUUUGUACUUGAACGAUGACUUUCAGGGUGGCGAGUUCUUCUUCGCAACAGAUCAAAUCAGUCGAGACGCAGACAAUAUUGUUUCACCUCGUUGCGGACGUAUGGUGGCUUUCUCCGCUGGUGGAGAGAAUCUUCAUGGUGUACGCGGUGUUCUUCGAGGCAAGAGAUGUGCUUUGGCUUUAUGGUUCACUCAGGAUGAGAACUAUAUCGAAUACGAGAGGGUCUUGGCUCGUGCUAUCUUGGAAAGAGUUAGAUCCAUUGGGCCUUUUAAAGAAAAGAACGUUCAAGUGCCUUUGAAGUACGAAGAUAUACUCGUUCAGUGUGUCAACAAUGACGAGUUAUUAAGACACUUUUUAAAGAGUUCUCCAUAAAGGGAGUGAAUAGUAUUUUACUAAAAGUUCCAGAGUAAUAUAUUUUAUCAGUCGAUGACUGGAUCAUUGUCAAUUCUGUGGGACCUGAAGAAGUAGAUUCAAGAUUCCUGUACUUAGUACAAUAUUCUUUUCAUAUCGUUUCUAUUAGCUUGACGUAAAAUACAAAACAGGAUGUCAAGUAGUCGCGGCAACUAACGGUUUAUUUAUAUAAAAUAUCCUAAUCUUUAUUAGAACAUAGACAUUACAUGUCAACAGGUUUACAUAACCAUUCUAUGUAUCAUGUAACACGUGUAAUCGUAUUUAAUUUAUUUCUUGUUUGUUCGUAUUUAUACUAUGUAUAAGAGUUACAUACGCAAUUGCAUUGCAAUCCUUGCAGUUUCACGUAUUUGAAUGGCGUGAAAUCUCAAGCCCUGUACACACGAUUGCCUUUUUAUUAUACAUCGCGUUGAAUUUUGCUCGAAAUGACACACAAAUAAUAAUGCUUCGUGCGUUGUAUGUUUUUAUGUUCUAAUGUGUGUUAUGUGUGUCUGUCUGUCUGUCUAUUUUUUUUCCAAGUAAUACGAUUAUCGUCGUUAUUGCAAUUAUAUGUAAAAAGCGGAUCGCUGUAAAAUCUCUAAAUUGUCCACGUAUGUAAUUGUACGCAUAGGAAUCGAAAACACGCACGCAUGAUCGAUGUUAUACGAAUAAAAACACGGUGGUUGAGCCACUUUGAACGCCGUGAUCAUCGUAGGAUCAGUCGGGAAGAGAGUGAACGCGAUCAUUAACAUUAUUAUUAUUAUUAUGUUUCGUUACAAACGUUUAUUACGAAAAUUAUAGUGACAUCUGCGUAUCACAGGAGAGCUCAGUCAAUUAUUAUUAUUUUCUUCUGCAGGAACCACUCCAUAAUAAUAGUUCAUGUGCUCUUUCUUUCUUGUGUUAAUUUCUUUUUAAAUCGUUACCUCGCGCAUCUUUAUCAAAGAUUAAUCAAUGUUGUAAAUGAAUGAACAAAGAUCGAUAAUAUCGAGAUGGAGUGGUCACCAAAAAUUUCAUUGCCUUACUUAAGAUGGUUUUUGUAUUGCUCUUCGUAGACCUUCGCUUUGUUUUCUCGUACGAAUGUACAAAGAUCAUAAUAAAAUGAAAUAAUAUAAAAUACAUAAAACGUACGCGUUACGUUAAAAUUGUAAAAAUAUUAUGAUACGAUCGA